GGAAAGUCUUAUCAUAGUGGAUCUCAUUGAAAAGUGUGUGGAUCCGUAUGGGUCAUCAAUCAUCUGUGACUUUGGCAUGGAUUGUUAUCCCUUCACCAGGAGGAGUUUGGUUGAGAACGAAUUACAGAGGAUAAUGGGACUGAGAUUGAAGUCGUUACUACUUGGAGAUGGAUGCGUUCGUCACAAGCGUCAUUCCAGCUCCAUCAUUGCUGAGAAUCCUGUGGCAGAAGCAGCGCUUAACAACAAGACUGUUCUUCUUUAUCUAUACAAAGAGCAGAGCAAAUUUCUAGCUAAUAAAUUGGCUGAAUUUAUGUCUUAUGAUUCUGAAAAGAAUAUUAAGAGAGAGCAUUCGAAUGAUGUUGAGGUAGUUGCUGUAAGCAUAGAUGGUUGGGACGCUAGUCAUAGAAAAUUCAUGGAUAAGGGGUGGUUCGUAUGCCGGGCUGACUCGUCCAAGUCAGCUAAACUCUGUGAUGAAUUCUUCCAUCCUCCUUUCAGUGCAAAGGAGACCGUUGUUGCAUUUGGUAAAGAUGGUCUGGUUCAAUCUAUGGAUGCCUCUCGCCUUUCUCUGCGCCAAGAGAUUGCUUUGGCAUUCUAUAAAGGCUGGGUUUGAUUACAUGCUGCCACAUCACUACACUUCAUGAAGAGUUUGCAUUGAUAGAUUAUUUAGAUUCUCUAAAUUAGUUAGUCAGAUAGUCUAAUGGUUUAAUUU